UUCUGAUGUGUUAAAACAACACAGAGAUGCAGAAAACUAAUUACAUACAGUUAGGUUACACCCACAGAUUUUUCUUUUUUUCAAUAUUUUUUUUUUCCAAAUAGUGACAAAACAAAUUAAACACAUACCCGAGAAAAGAGUCUGUGAGGUUAGGUUCCUCUCCUCAUUUUUAUGCCAGAAUUUAUUUAUUUAUUUAGUUAACUUAUCUGGGCUCUGACAAGCUGUUCCUCACCGAGAGGAGUCGAAUGAUAAUUCUUCAACCUAAAAGGUAACCACUAUCAAGCUUCCAUCUUUAUGUUCUCACAUUGAUCUCUGCUCAAUAUUAUUGCAUCUUUUUGUUUCAAUGGAUAUCUCGUUUGCAACAUAGUCAGUUUUGGAUCUCACUGCGUAUUGGGGUUUUUGAUCUGUAAUGUUAUCUGAGCUGGGGUGGAUUUUUUUUGUUUUAGUUGUGGUGUUUGGAUGAAUGGGUUUUUUUGCUGGAUGCCUAAAAUUUUCAUCUGGGCUUUAAAUGUUUGUUCUCUCUUCUUGUUUACGAUGAACUGGGGCUUGCAUUUCAAAUUUUGUUAAGGCUUCUCGGGAGGCAGUUAGGGUUUUGAGAUUUUAUUGCUGUUGUGGAUUACGGUUUUGGGAAUUUAUUAAUAUGGAUGGUGUUGGAGAAUCAUCUGAAUCUGGAUCUACUGUAUCUACUCCCAAGUUGAUAAAAAGUGGGAGUGUGCGCGAUGAUGAUGCUUGUCCUAGGCAAGUGUCACCAAUUAGGAUUGGUGCGUCGAGGAAUACAAGCCCCUUGGGCCGUGUUGGAUCAAGAAAUACCAGUCCUUCUAGGCAGAAGGCGAUUAAGACCAAACCACGGGGUUUAGAUGAGGAAACAGUGGCUACAUUUGGUAAAGCUGUUUACCCUGAUGUUCAAAUGGAGGAUAACAUAUGGGCAAUGUUGCCUGAAGAUCUACUGAAUGAGAUUUUGGCUAGGGUUCCUCCUUUUAUGAUAUUUCGACUUCGAUCAGUUUGUAAAAGAUGGAAUUCUAUUCUUCAAGACAGCAGUUUUCUUAAAUUUCACUCACAAGUGCCAUCUCAUGGACCGUGUCUUUUGACAUUUUGGAAAAAUUCACAGACACCACAAUGCUCAGUUUUUAGCUUGCCUUUGAAAACAUGGUACAGAAUUCCUUUCACAUUUUUACCGCAGUGGGCAUUUUGGUUGGUUGGUUCCUCAGGGGGCCUUGCUUGCUUUUCUGGGCUUGAUGGGCUAACUUUCAAAACUUUAGUUUGUAAUCCUCUCACUCAAACUUGGAGAACGUUGCCAAGCAUGCAUUAUAAUCAACAAAGGCAAUUGAUAUUGGUUGUUGAUAGAACGGAUAGGUCGUUUAAAGUGAUAGCCACCAGUGAUAUUUAUGGUGAUAAGUCAUUGCCCACUGAAGUGUAUGAUUCGAAGCUUGACAGAUGGUCACUCCACCAAAUAAUGCCUGCAGUCAAUCUUUGUUCUUCAAAGAUGGCAUAUUGUGAUUCGAGAUUGUAUCUGGAAACUCUUUCACCACUUGGUUUGAUGAUGUAUCAGCUUGACGCAGGUUACUGGGAACACAUUCCAGCCAAGUUCCCACGGUCUUUGUUGGAUGGCUAUUUGGUGGCUGGCACUCAGAAGCGUCUGUUUCUAGUCGGAAGAAUUGGCCUUUAUAGUACUCUUCAGAGCAUGAGAAUUUGGGAGUUGGAUCACACAAAGAUUGUGUGGGUGGAGAUCAGUAGGAUGCCACCAAAGUAUUUUCGGGCUUUGUUGAGGCUAUCAGCAGAGAGAUUUGAGUGCUUUGGGCAGGAUAAUUUGAUCUGCUUCACAUCUUGGAACCAAGGAAAGGGCCUUCUGUAUGAUGUAGAUAAGAAGGUUUGGUCUUGGAUUGCUGGGUGCGCUCUUCAAUCAUAUAACAGUCAGGUGUGUUUUUAUGAGCCAAGAUUUGAUGCUUCCAUUUACUAGGCUGACAAUUUUGUGGUUUGCAGCUUCAAUCGUUCUCAUGUUAUUCAGUGGAUCAUGAGGAAGUUGAGCGUUAUCUUUGUUUUUUGUUUUCUACUUCUUUCCAUCUAUCCUUCGUCUCUCUCUUUUGCACUUUUGUAAGGGUUCUCUUCCCCGGCCUAUUGACUAAUGAUUCAAGUUACUUUAGUUUUGCACACUGGAUUGGUAUUAUUGGGGCAGCAGUAGGAAGCAGGUUAAAUCAGCAAGAUUUUCAAAUGUGCUGUCAAUGAUGUCAUGACCUUGUUCCAAGGUUCUGUCCUGCAUGUGGAUUGAGCAUCACCUGGUUCCAAGGCUUUGUGACGCACAUGGACUGACCACUGUUACACUCUGAUCACUUGAUGAGGAAUGGGCUUGUUAAAGAAUGUGCUUAAUGGAUAAUGAUGUCUUGGGGGAAAUUGCAGGAAGAUUUUUCCCCUUUUCCUGCUUAUGUACAUUCUCUGAAAAUGGUUAUCUAAUGACAAUUUUGCAACUUGAACUUCUGUGA